AUGACACUUAAGUGGCAGCACUUUGAGGACUCAAUCACUGAACUAUUUGAUAUGCAUUACCGGAAGCUGUCGGAUCUCAUUGUGGACAGCUUUGGGGCACUAUUACAGAUGUGCACAGCCGUUAGAGAGAACCGGAUGCAUGCAACAACUCCACCAGAGCGAAAUUCUACUGAGCGGCCUUUAACACACCUUGCCCUAACACCCAGGCUGGAUGAUAAUUCUCCCGCAGCCAUGGCUGGCCCUAUGGGUGGAGACGACUCGACAUCCCUGGUGCCGGGUCCCAUGGCUGCAGAAGACAACGGAGCUACCACUGAGUCUGAUCAGAGUGAUGCCUCUAGUGUCCGGCGAGAGCCUCCGGUACAGCGGCUUAUAUUGGGCAAAGCAUACAGUCCUGUAACCUGCUCAGGGUCUCCUGAGAGGAAGCGUGGUGUUCCAGGGCUGAAACAGAUGGGCCUGGAGAUCCCUGAAAGUGCCGUGAAUAGACAACAAAAAAAGCCGCUUCAAUGCUCUGCUCAACCCUGUGACUUGCAGGAUCGACAGCAAACCUCUGAUCAGCUAUGCGAGGUACUCACAUCAGAUAUGAUAGGGAGCUGUGAUAGUUGCGCUCCUCAGAAGCGAUGUUCAGAAUUGCAUCCAAUAUGCAAUAACACUCCAGAGGAACAGAAGCCAGUGGACAUUUUCAAUUAUGGAUUAAAUUUUGAUCAGAAAGAAAAGGAGGAAUAUUUUGGGUUUGACUACUACUUAUGCAUUGAAGUUCGUGAUGUCAGUUGCGAACCUAAACCGGAUGCAUUUAAUCCAUGUGAAGAUAUUAUGGGAUACAACUCUUUAAGAGUAUUAAUAUGGUGUAUCAGUAUUAUGGCCAUCACAGGGAAUGCAUUUGUACUCAUUGUUUUAAUUAGCACUCAGUAUAAAUUUACUGUUUCCAGAUUUUUAAUGUGCAAUCUUGCAUUUGCAGAUGUAUGCAUGGGUAUAUAUCUUUUACUUAUUGCAUCUGUGGACAUUAAGACAAAAGGCCAAUACCAUAACUAUGCAAUUGACUGGCAGACCGGGGCAGGCUGUGAAGCCGCAGGGUUUUUCACUGUGUUUGCAAGUGAACUUUCUGUAUAUACUCUAACUGUUAUAACCUUAGAGAGAUGGCAUACAAUAACAUAUGCAAUGCAAUUAGACCGCAAAGUGAGAUUUCGACAUGCUACAGUUAUAAUGAUUUCAGGCUGGAUAUUUGCAUUCACAGUUGCUGUGCUUCCUAUUUUUGGUAUCAGCAGCUAUAUGAAGGUGAGCAUCUGUUUACCGAUGGACAUAGAAACCCCUCUUUCUCAAGGAUAUAUUUUGUUCCUUCUGGUGCUUAAUGUUUUGGCAUUUGUAGUCAUCUGCACCUGCUAUAUUGGCAUCUACUUAACUGUGAGAAAUCCAAAUGUUAUCUCUUCAAAUAGUGACACAAAGGUUGCCAAACGUAUGGCUAUAUUGAUAUUCACAGAUUUUUUGUGUAUGGCCCCAAUUUCAUUCUUUGCCAUUUCUGCUUCGCUAAAGAUUCCUCUUAUAACUGUAUCCAGUUCCAAGAUUCUUUUGGUUCUGUUCUAUCCAAUUAAUUCAUGUGCCAAUCCAUUUCUCUAUGCUAUUUUCACAAAGACAUUUCAAAGGGAUUUUUAUAUUUUAAUGAGCAAGUUUGGUUGCUGCAAGACACAAGCGCAAAUUUUCAGAACAGAGACUUCCUCAUCUGCCCAUAACCUUCACAUGAGAAAUGGACAUUAUGUUCCAGGACCAAAGAGCAGUACUGGAUCCGUUUACACAUUAGUACCUCUGAAUCACUAAAACUGAAAUAUGGUGUCAAUAAUAAAACAUUCCUCAGGAGGUGUGAAAUUUGUUUAAACAUUGAUUUCUGUUCCUAAAUUAUUUAGCACAUUUUUAUGAAAAAGCAUUUCUUUUAUUAUUUUUACAAUCAAUAAUUUAGAGCUCUAGGACAUUUUUCUAAAUACAAGAAAAAAAAGAUAUGAUGUGUAUGGUUUAUGGGAUAUUAAAAACAAUAUUGCUAAAACUUUGCACUGUAAUGUCCUUAAUAAAAAAUAAGAUUUUCCCUUUCAAUGCAAUUUAUUAAACAAAAUUAGUUUAAACAUAUUUAAUUAAAAAUAAGUAAAACAUAAUUGCAUUCCUUGUUCAAGCAGUAACAUUUAUGUCCACAAAAUAUCACAAUAUUAUAAUAUUGCAUAUUACAAAAUCUUAAAGCAUGCUUUUUUAACAUUUCAUAUGAAAAGAAAAACAAUAAAAUAUUAAUACAGAAAAAAUGUAAACACAAGCAAGCUACUGUAAUUCAGUUUUUAGAGUAACUAAUUUGUAUGGUUGUAAAUAUGUUUUAUGCAGAAAUAUCAAGAUAGUUAAUCAAUUACUAUGAAUCAUAAACAUGUUGUUAU